AUGCGCGUCAUUCUUUCUGUUGGAGGGGGUGGCAAGGGCAGUGAGAACUUUGCCGCAGUCGCUCACAGUCGUUCUCGGACAGACACCUUUGUUCAGACGGCUCGAGCGUUGGUAGACCAAUUUGGAAUUGAUGGAAUUGACAUUGACUGGGAACAUCCCUCGGAUUCUAAGCAGGGCAAGGACUAUGUUCGUUUGCUUGCGCGCCUUCGCGAGGUGCUGCCCGCCCCACGAUACGUCCUUACCACCGCGCUCCCUGCUGGCCAGUGGGCACUCAAGAACAUCGAUCUUUCAGCAGCGGCCAAGUAUCUAGACAUGAUUAACCUCAUGACCUACGAUUUUGCCGGGCCCUGGGAAUCCGAGACCGGUCACCAGGCGCAGCUCUAUGGAUCGGGAGUAUCGGGUGAUUCGUCCGUCUCAUACGUCGUGUCGCAAGGUGUUGCCCGUCGAAAGAUCAUCCUUGGUGUCCCAGUAUAUGGACGUUCUUUCUUGGGCAGCAACGGGCCAGGCCAGCGCUACACGGGGCACGGUGGAGAGGAGGGUGUCUUUGACUAUCGGGAUCUGCCUCGACCGGGCACUCAGGAGUACCACGAUCCAAGAAUAGGUGCAGCAUCCUGUGUUGGGGCUGACGGUGGAUUCGUCACCUAUGAUACCCCGGGAACCGUCAAGCAAAAAGCUGAAUUUGUGACCUCGGAAAAGCUGGGUGGUCUAUUCUACUGGCAUGUUUGUUCUGAUGCUCGAGGACCGCGCAGUCUCAUUGAGACCGGCUACAAUACCCUACACGAGAUGUGA